AUGUCUACCUCCAGAGACUUGAAAGAUGCUGGGGAAACCAGCAUCGUGGACAAACAGACUGGACAGGUUUUCGAGCUCGACGUAGAGUCGCUAUCACCGCUCAACUCAACGUCAAAAAACGGACAGCCACAGCACACGCUUAAGAAAGGUUUGAAUUCACGCCAUAUCCAAUUGAUCGCCCUCGGUGGAUGUAUUGGAACAGGUUUGUUCGUGGGUACGUCUUCGUCGCUUCACAAGUGCGGACCAGCAGGUCUGCUAACGUCGUAUCUGAUCAUCUCAAUGGUCAUCUAUCCCGUGAUGAACGCUCUGGGAGAGAUGGUGUGUUUUCUGCCGGGUACGGGCAGCGACAUGGGUGGGUCGGUCUCAAGAUUGGUGACCAGAUACGUGGACCCAUCACUUGGGUUCGCUACGGGCUGGAACUACUAUUAUGCUUAUGUUGUGCUGGUCGCAAGCGAGUGUACCGCAGCGUCUGGCGUAGUUACUUACUGGACCACGGCCGUACCGUCAGGCGGGUGGAUUGCCAUUUUCCUUGCAGUGGUUACGUUGCUGAAUUUCGGGGCCGUCAAGUACUACGGUGAAAGUGAAUUUUGGUUCGCCAUUAUCAAGAUUCUCUGCAUUGUGGGUCUGCUAAUGGUGUCAUUUAUCCUUUUCUGGGGCGGUGGCCCCAAUCACGACAGACUGGGGUUCCGUUACUGGCAACAUCCAGGCGCUUUUGCCUACCACAUCACCACCGGCAACACAGGACGUUUCUUGGACGUGUGGACCGGAGUUAUCAAGGGCGGAUUCGCAUUCAUUCUGGGGCCGGAAUUGGUUGCCCUGACGUCUGCUGAGGCCGUCGAUUCCAGAAGAAACAUCGCCAAGGCAUCCAAGCGUUUCGUUUACCGUUUGAUUUUCUUCUACAUCACCUCUGCCCUAGCAAUUGGCGUCAUUGUCGCUUACAAUGACAAGGUGCUGUCUACUGCUCUUGACCAGGGGAAAUCGGGCGCUGCGUCCUCGCCUUUUGUCAUUGGUAUUCAGAACGCCGGUAUAAAAGGUCUUCCUCACAUCAUCAACGCCUGUAUAUUGUCCUCGGCGUGGUCUUCAGGUAAUUCGUUUCUCUUUGCAGCCAGCAGAUCGCUACUCGCAAUGGCUGAAGAGGGAACUGCUCCUCGUUUUUUCGCCAAGAUCAACCGGUUCGGUGUUCCUUACAAUGCGGUUGGAAUCAGUGCCCUUCUUUCGUGCAUUGCAUUCCUGAACGUGUCGGCAGGCGCUGCUAAUGGGUUCAACUGGCUUUCUAACAUUUCUACAAUUUCAGGUUUCAUCGGCUGGAUCUGUAUCGGUGUGGCUUAUCUGAGAUUCAGGAAGGCCGUUUUCUUCCGUGGGCUUUACGAACGUGUGCCAUUCAAGACUCCGUUCCAACCUUACGGCACAUACUUUUUCCUGGUGGUGGUUUCGAUCAUUUGUUUGACCAACGGGUACGUGUCAUUCAUUCCCAAAUACUGGAAGACUGCAGACUUCGUUGCGGCUUACAUUACCUUGCCAGUUUUCUUGGCAUUGUGGCUCGGACACAAGAUUUACACCAGAACAUGGACCACAUGGAUGUACCCAGUUGCUGAAAUCGACGUUACGACUGGUCUAGCCGAGAUCGAAGAGGAAACCAAGGAGCUGGACGCUAAAAGAGUGCCCCCAGAGGGCGCAUGGAAUAAGUUCUUGGAAUGGCUUUUGUAG